AAUCGUUUCAACCAUCAUUAUUGAUCUGAAACUGUAAAUGUACAUUUUCACAUGUUGACUUUGUAGUUCAAUACAAACAGCAAUCCAAAAGACAGAAGAGCAUGAUGUAUGAUGAGGAAACCAAAAAACACUCACUGCUUUCUCAAGAAGACUCAUUUCAACAUGUUUUUGUCUUUGUGAAUGCGUAAGAAACACACACACACACACACACACACACAUUUCCCUUUCUCUACAACACAGCAAACAAGAAUUCUUUAUUUUUAAAGGUAAAAAUCCUCGUUUGAAACGAAAAUAACAUUGCUAUAGUUUUAGUUUCUAACCACCUGAAGAUGCUGGCAGUUUGGUGAGAAGAGAAGUAACUCUUGGCAACAAUUGUUUUCACCCCCCCAAAAAGGAAGAGCGUGAAGUGAAGAGACCAAGAGUCAGUAGACGUUACUGGAAGCAAGAGAAGACAGAAAUAAUUCUUACAGCUGUGAGGCUGCUCCCAUGGUCCAGUUUGAUCAACCAGACUUCCUGUUGUCUUCUUCAAUCAUAAAACUCAUGUGAAAAAGUUACUGGACCUCGUAAUCACGGAAUCAAAAUGCUGAUUGUCCUCGGGGCGACUCUGUUCUUCAUCGUGACAAACAUCAGCUCUAGUUCAGACGUGAAGAAGCCGGAGAUCACAGGAGCAACAACGGUUGAGGAAGGCGAUGCUCUGACUCUGACCUGCACUGCUGAUAGUUCCCCUCCAUCUUUAAUCACCUGGACCAAACUUGGCUUCAACACCAGCUUGGUCAACAGAAACGGAUCCCUGAUUAUUCCUAAUAUGACAGCAGGGGAUUCUGGACUGUACAUCUGCACAAUAAAAAACCUGAACACCACAUUGACAGAGAAAGUGGACGUUAAAGUUAAAUAUGUGAGAAAACCAAAGAUAGCAGGAAAAACGGUGAUUAAAGAAGGCGAUACUCUGACUCUGAACUGCACUGCUGAUACCUUCCCUCCGUCUUUAAUCACGUGGACUAAAUCUGGCACCAACAAAACUCUGAGCAACAAAACCGCACCUGACUCUGGAACAUCUGAUCUUCUUGUUCACAACGUGACAGCAGAAGAUUCUGGACAUUAUCUCUGCACGUCAAACUAUCUAAACACCUUGACACAAGACGUUAACGUAACUGUCAUCAUUCUGGGAAAAGUGAAGAUUGCCGGAGACUUGGAUGUCAUGGAGGGUCGUUCUCUGAAUCUGAGCUGCGGCGUUGACGGUUUUCCUCAAACCUUCCUCACUUGGACCAAACUUAGCUCUAAUAGCAUCUUAAACAAUGGAACUGGAUCAGCCACCCUUUUUAUUUCUAAUGUUACGUCAGACCAUGCAGGACGGUACAUCUGCACAGCAGAGCACCUGAACAAUACAGAGAGGGUGGAUGUUAAAGUAAAAUACCAGAGAAGCCUCCGAAUCAGCGGAGAGACAGCUGUUGUAGAGGGUCAAGUUCUGAACCUGACCUGCAGCAUCGAUAGUUGGCCUUUGUCUUUUAUUACCUGGACCAAACCUGGGUUCAGCUCAAAGAACGGCACCGGAGCUGCAGCACUCGUCAUUUACAACGUGACAGCUGUGAAUGGAGGGUUGCACGUCUGCACCGCCGAAUAUCUGAACAAAACUCUGAGGGAAGAAGUGAACAUUGAAGUGAAAAUGUUACCAAAGAUCCUAAACGAGUCGGGAUGCGAGGCUCAGCGGGACCUCCUGACCUGUGUGUGCAUCAGUCAGGGGUUUCCUUUACCCAGAAUCGAAUGGCUGCUGCAGGAGAAGCAAACCGAUUACUCUUUCAACACCGAAGUUUCCACCCACACAGUCAAAAGCACCGUUGUUCUGACUGAGAACAAACCCAGCAGGGCCUCAGCUGUGUGUGUCAGCUGGAACGAAAAUGGGAAAUUAACAAGGAAUCUGAUGACAAAGAAAGUGAAUGAAGCAGGUCAGUUUGUGAAAUUUCUCCAACUCGUCACACAGCCAGGAACAAUUAUCCCCUUUGUGAUCGGCGUGCUGCUGCCAGCGCUUAUUCUCUGUUUGUGCAGAUGGUGCUGCAGGAAAAAGCAAAAGAUGAGUCCAGCUGAGACUCUGGAGAUGGAGAUGAUGGGUCAAGAGAAUCCACCGACAAACAACUGGGGACCAAUAGAGUACGGGCAGUUCCAGGGUCAAGAAGUCGAGGGGAUGGAAGGUGGAACGACGGAUGUCGAUUACUCCGAUAUUAAAUUCUUUGCGGUAGAGAAUAAACAAUCUUCCUUCAAAAACGGAAAGAAAAAAGAGAAUUCAGACACAGAUUAUGCUAAAAUAAAACCAAAAGAAACACGGCUGAAGUUGGAUGAAGGAGACAAAGUGGAGGAGGAGAAGGAGCUAAACAUCUGUGCUGAAGAAGUGAAGGGACAAGAUUUAGCUGUUUACUCAAACGUGUCAGAACUGAUGGACCAAAUCUAAAGAUGGCAGCUACAAGGUGUGUUUGUGCCUGCAAUCAGUUCACCAGGGGAGAAUAUUAUCAAAAAGAAGAGAAAAUGGAUUCCCUCACCUCAGAAUAAUGUUCUGGAGCGUUAAAGUAAUAAAAAAAUACUAAACUGUUGAUUUAUUUAAACAUAAUUGAUUAUUUUUAGUUGUUUUACUGAAGGAACAAACGUCUUCUGUAUGUGAGCCAGAUUUAAUGUUUUUAAUGUAAACCAACAAAGCCACACACAGAUCAGACAUUUCCUGAUAAAAAGACAAGAAUCAGAAAAGAAGGGAACAAAAAGUAGAAUCCGAUGCAGCAGCAGGUGUCGCCGGGUGUUUUGCAUCUUUGGUUCUUCUGGAUGAAUUAAAGUGAAACUCUGUUGUGCAAAUUAAAGGAGGCUUGAACAGCGGUGCAUACCUCCAUAACACUGUUCCUCUUUAUCUCUAAACAAAUGCAUGCAAUUUACAGUUGAAGGAGAAUAGCUCUGGGUGUUCGCAGAUACAUGAAAACGGGUGGCUGAGAAACAGAUCAUCAAGGCGUUGUUUUUAUUUUAUCUCCAGAAAUGUUUACAGCUAAAAUAAUUCUAUUGUAUUUAUUUCUAUCUGUGGAAAACACAAUUAUACACUGAUAUGCUGUCAAUGUGUUCCACAACCUUAGUUAAAAUGGAGCUUUUUCCAUAUUAUAUUGUAUGUUAUGAUUAUAAUUCAUAUUUUCUUGCUCUUUAGAGGGAAUUUGGAAUGUAACGCUGCGCGUAAAUGCAAAAAAGGUUAAGAUGUAAAAGGAAUUGCACAUUUUCACAAUAAAAAAAAGUUGUUCAUGAGUGUUUA